AAUAGUGCAUUUGUAUUUUUUUUUUAUACUUUUUUAUAUAUAUUCUCUAAUAAAUUAGCAUAAUUUGCUUAAUACAAAGAAGCAACAAAAUCGACGCGUUAGUGUUUUGUGGUGAUAUAAGUUUUGUGCAAGCACGCAUAAGUAACAACAUACAGUAUAUUUAUAUGCUUUCGCCAAGUCUCAACGCGUAUGUGCUAGCUAAAUACAAGUGUGGUUUUUGCUGUUGUAAACUAGCAUAGCUAAAAACAUAAGGACGGAACAAGUAUGGCGCGUUUAGUAUUCAGCGAAAAAAUCAAAGGAAAACAGCGUUCACGGCCACGCACGAAAGGAUGGCGCGGUGUGAGCUUGCUGCUAGAACCAACUACUAAGAACUGGUGGGAGGAUCCUGACGUUGUUGUGGCUUUCAAUUUACCGCGCAUAAGUGCUGCCUUGGAGCGUUUAAUUGGCACCAAUGUGGUGCGUCUAACCGAUCACAAAUUCAUGAGUGAGCUGCGACAGCGACUGGAAGAGGAAAGCCGCAUACAGCUGGAGCGUCGCAUAAACGCCAGAGCGCUCCGUGAGGUGGAACGUGAACGUCUCCUAAUCAUCGAAGGCAAAACGGACGAAAUACCUGCCGAACUGGCCGAUGAUCCCAUAUUUGUUGUCAAUAAAAUUGCGAAUAAAGAAAUCCAAAAGGAGCGAGCCAAGCUCAAAACCAAUCGUGAACGCAAUGCGGAACGCUUAAAGGCGCAAGGCUCGAAAUGGGAACGCGAAAGACAAAAGUAUGUGGAGGAAGAACAAAUGCGCGUUGAGAAGAUAAAAGAGCGCAAUAAGCAGCAAAAUGAGCUCGAAGAACAGUACAAGGCCGAAGAUGCGGAACGUGGCAUGGAUUUACUGCGCAUCGACAACGAGGAGUGGCGCGAGUGUGAACAGGACCUCAAGCGCUUCCUGGAGGAGGAGCGCGCCAAAAUGAAGGAGCGCUCAAUGCGCGUGCCGACACCAUUCACAUCGGAUAAAUUGGAUAUAUUAAAUAUUGUGCGUGCCAGGAAAAAGUUCCGCGAAGCCGAACAACGUAUUUGCAAAGAAUUAGAGGAGGGCGCCAAACCAAAACCAGUUGCUAAAGACAUUAAACUCACCAAGGAGCUGGUGGAGAAGACGGCCGUCAUACAAAAGCAUGUACAGGAUAUCAUACAAGCCGAAACCGAAGGCAUCUUCGAGCCGGCUAUAAGCAAAGAGGCGGCCAAAGAGAUGUCUGAGCGUGAGAAGGAAGAGCGACAACGACGCAAAUACUUGGAUGAUGCCUCCGAUGUUUCCACCGAAUCGGAGAUCUACGAACAGGGCAGCACCAUAAGCGAAUCGAAGCGGCGCCAUGCAGCCGAGCUGGAAGAAGAAAUGGAGUAUGAUGUGGAGCGUGGUUAUCUCAUUUCCAAAGCGCAAUUUGAGCAGUUACGCUAUCACGAUGAUAAGAUACUUAUGCUGCAGAAAGCAUCGGAUAUGCGUGAACUAUAUCAACUGGCCGAGGAGAUAAUAAUUGGCGAACGUGUAGAGGAAGAAGUCGUAGAGGAAGAAAUGGUGGAAGAGGAAGAGCAACCGGUCUACGAGGAAGAGGAGGAGGAGGAACCCAUAGAUAACAAUUUCUAAUAGAUGAAAAUUGCAGACGGAGAAUGCACUAAGCUGCAAACACACAAAUAUUUUGCGAAAACACGCACACACGCUAAAUUUUUGGUAGUUGUAAAUGAUGAAAUGCAGGCACGUUAGCAGCAGUGAGUAGUAGGUGAUAAGUACUGCAGGUACUGGCUGGCUGCCUUUGAUAAUAGGAAACUAAAUUACUUACCAACAUUUUCUAUGGUUAGCUUAGGAAAGAUAUACGCCUGUGUAUUUUUUUUUUUUUUUUGUUUUAAUUAUGUUUUCGAAAACAAAAUUCUUAAAGCAAAGAUCAUGUAUGUUGUGCACUUAGUUACCCGCGUGGCAAACUCUUAUAACAAAAUGUAAAACUGAUUAAUUCAACUCAUAACCAGUUAAAGAGAAUAAUGGCAAAUAAAGUUGUUUUGGACUAAAUUUGCGAAAUAUCA